AUGCAAGUAAGAGAGAAAAUUUUAAGCAGAAAAAGACCCACCCCAUUCCCAGAAGACACACCGGAAAAAUAUAUAGAAAUAGUCGAGCAAGCAUGGGACCAUGAUUUUACUUGUCGUCAAUCAAUCAAAAAAAUGCUAAAACAACUUAAAAACAUGAGAAAAACUGAAGAAAAUGAACUAAGACCACCAAAACGAAGUGAUUCACAAACGUCGUUGUCUUCCAUUGAAGUCUCCAUUACACCUACCAAGAGCGCUAGUCUGCAAAAUGGACCAUUACUAAAUAUUGAUGAGGCAAUAUCUCUCCACAAUAAAGAACAAUACGAUAAAGCUUUGCCUCACUUCCGACGGUUGGCACACAGAGGUGAUCCUAGAGCUGCAUAUUAUGCAGGACUUUAUUAUUGCGGGGGCUUCGAUGGAAUUGCUAAAGAUGAAAUCAAAGCUUUACUAUACCUUGGAAAAUCAGCCGAGGGUGGCUAUACACGAGGUCAAUACUUGUAUGCUCACGCCUGUCUUAACGGGAUUUAUUAUUCUCGGAACGAAGGUAUAAAGUAUCUUAGAAAAGCAGUUGAUUCCAAGGACCCCGAUGCUUUAUAUAUGUUUUCUCAAUUACAUUUGAAUGGAGAACAUGAUUUUCCGGUUGAUAAUGAAAAGUAUUUGGAUUAUUUGAAAGCGGCAGCAGAUAAAGGGUCCAAGGAAGCAAAAAAGGAACUUGAAUCUAAGG